UCCUUCUUCGGGUCCAGAUCUUUUUUGCCCAGACCUAGUUUAUAUCGUAUCCACUAGUCCUCACGAAUACCCUAGCAGUCGUCUCGCUCUCUUCCUUGUUGUUGUUCUUUUUCUUGUUUGGGAUUUUUCAGGAUGAAGGUUCUUCUUCUCCAGGUAAGAGAAUUGCGGUUUCGGACAACCUAGUAUUCCGACAGAGAUUUCAGUUAAUAACGAACGAUUCCGACAGAGAUUGGGAUUUCUCUAAUGUCUAUAGCUUGCUUUUUAUUUUUAUUAUUAUUUUUUUUUUUAAUAUGGGUGUUGUUUGUUUUUAUUUACACUUAAAAUCGGUCUGUGUAGAUGUGAGUUCCAUCGAACAAGAUUUGGAUUCUCUGAGAGUAGUUAUGGCUUCUCUCAAAGACGAUUUGGCUUCUCUCACUGCAACUGUGAAAUCAACUCUUGAUUUGAUGCCGUCUAAGGAGGAGUUACUUGCCAUGGUUACCACAGUCCAAGAACUUGCAAAGAAACUGGCAAAGAUACCUGCAGUUUCGGUUGCUCAAGUUACUUCAUCCUCUAAGGAUCAUCACAAGAAGCUGGCAAAGAUACCUGCCUUAGUUGCUCAAGUUACUUCAUCCUCUAAGGAUCACAAGAAGAAACGUGAUGAAGUUGAAGAGCCUGCCAAGAAAGAGGCUAAAGCAGAUACUAAUAGUCCUAAAAAAGAGAGCAGUAGUAAUGUUUCCAGCAAGGAAUCUGAUACACUGGAGAAAGGAACCCUGAAACGAAUGUUACUUCCGUGCUCUUCUUCUGAUAAUCGUCUUGAAAAGACCGCUGAGAAAAGUGAUGAAGGUGAAGAGCCUGCCAAGAAAAAGGCUAAAUCAGAUACCAAUUAUACUUAUAAAAAAGCGAACAUUACUCGUCCGUUUCCUGUCUAUGCGGAUGCUCAUCCUCUUGAAAAGAAUGCUCAGGUAGGCGAGAUAGUCGAAUUCGAAAGGCAACCUGGGGGGAGUUAUGAUGGUGGCAUCCUUUUCGUUUAGGGAUAUGAUUCUUCGCUUUCUGAGGAUGAUAUCGCGGAAGCAAUGCUUGAGCAUUUCUGUCCAUGUGGAAUGAUCCGAAGAAUUUAUUUUCAAACAAAUGGAACCACACCUAUCUUAAGACAUGUUUUCGUUGAAAUGUUACAAGGCACAGUGGCCGCUUUAAAACUUAAUGGAAGUGACCUGGGAGGAUUUAAACUUGAAGUUCAUGAUGCUAAAGAGAGAGACGAAUUCUAUUUCACUAGCGAUCUGGAUUUUCCUUUUAUCCCCCCGAAAUCUCGUCGUCAUGAGCGUCGGGAUCCAAGUAGAUUCACAAAAGAAUCGCCUCCGGUGUAUGGCAUUGUCAGUUCUAGCAAGAUCAACAAGUAAUAGAGACCAGCUGCAGCUAGCUACUGUUGCUGCGACUUGUUUCUCGACCAGCCACCUAUAAAUAUUUGGAUAAUACUAUUUCUGUUUUUAUUUAUGGAAGAAUACUGGCCUAAAUUUUAAUGUUAUAAAACUGCUUUAUGUAUUUUCACUAUUUGGUUGGCUACUUUACCCAUUUUCCCUAUUUUGUUGGCUACUUUACCCUAA